AUGCCUGCUGAUGACGCGCCUGCUGCCGCUACGGAGACCUACGGAAAUUUCGAUCUCGUCAAACGCAUAGAACUUGACUUCACACCCGUCACCGUACACAAAUGGCGAAGCAGGGAGAGUGGUUUGACUGUGGUACACUUGGAUUACGAAGCUCCUAUCGUUAAUGGCUAUUUUACCGUGGGCACUGAGAUCUUCGAUGAUACCGGUUGCCCACAUACACUAGAGCAUCUUGUCUUCAUGGGCUCUGAGAAAUAUCCGUACAAGGGCAUCAUCGACCAUCUUGCUAAUCGUGGCUUCUCAAACGGUACCAACGCGUGGACGGAUACCGACCAUACUGCGUAUACGGUUUCGACGGCUGGGGCGCAGGGCUUUCUCCAGAUUCUGCCCAUAUACGUCGACCACAUCCUGUAUCCGACUAUGACGGACGCCGGAUUCGUCACCGAGGUUCACCACAUCGAUCCGAAAGGCGAAGACUCGGGUGUCGUCUACAGCGAGAUGCAGGGCCGCGAGAAUACACCCGGCGACCUCAUGGCGUUGAAGAUGCAGCGGCUAAUUAAUCCUGUCGGAAGCGCCUAUCGCAGUGAAACGGGUGGCCUGAUGGAAGCCUUGCGCAAUCUUACCGUCGAGCAGAUUAGGAAAUAUCAUGGAACCUACUACGUCCCGCACAACUUUGUGCUUAUCGUCGCUGGCAAGCUCACGGGAGGCACUGAGCAGCUUCUGUCUGUGGUGCAGAACCAAGUCGAGCCUUCAAUCGCCGCUCAUGGUCAGAAUAAGGGUGUCCGUCCACCUGGUUGGAAACGUCCUUUCGUUGAGACUCCCACGGCAAAUCGUCAACCCAUCGCGAAGUACCUCGAGGAGACGGUCGAAUUUCCCGAGCAGGAUGAGAGCUCCGGUGAGCUCGCCAUCGGCUUCAUGGGCCCCGCAACCGGCGAACUCCUCGAAAGCCAGGCGCUUGACCAUCUUGGAACCUACCUCACGUCUUCUGCCACCGCCCCGCUCAACAAGGAGUACAUCGAGAUCGACUCUCCUCUCGCUACAUAUAUCUACUUUAAUGAGGACGUACGCGCGACGCGCAAUGAUCUCACGGUCUAUGUCGGUUCUGUGCCCACGGAGCACCUCGCGACCUUCGACUCGAAGCUACAGGAAUCUUUCAAGCGCAUUGCGUCUGAGGGCAUCGACCUGGAGCGCAUGCGUAUGGUGAUCGACCGUGACGAGCGCCAAGUCCGCUCGCGUCUCGAAAGCAGCGGCGGAGACAACUUCUCGCAGGCAAUCAUCUCCGACUUCCUCUACGGCAAGCCAGACGGAUCCGACAUCGAGCCCGUUCUGAACGAGAUCAGGUUGAAUAAUGAGCUGCGCACAUGGUCCAGCGAGAGAUGGGCGGCCCUUCUCACGAAGUACUUCGUGACAGAUGGGCGCGUUGUCGUGAUCGGCAAGCCAUCUGCUGCCAUGGCAGAACGUAUCGAGUCGGAGGAGAAGGCCCGGAUUGCCGAGCAGCGCAAUCGGCUCGGCGAAAAGGGCAUCGCCGACGCUGUCAAGAAACUCGAGACGGCCAAGGCGGAGCACGAACGCCCAAUCCCCACGGAGAUUCUGACUUCAUUCCCUGUCCCUGACGUGGCCAGCAUCGCGUGGAUCCCAGUGCAGAGCGUGCAGGCUCCCGGCGCAGGCCGUGAACCUUGCAAGAUCCCGUCCGGCUCGCCCGCAGAUGCGCUCGCAGCGCACUUAUCGGCGGACGGACAGGAGCUGCCGUUCUUUGUGCAGUACGACCACGUCCAGAGUGACUUCGUCAGCGUAACGGCUUUACUGUCCCUCGCCAACCUCCCUGAUCAUCUGCGCCCACACAUCUCUAUCUACCUUCAGGCCUUCUUUAGUCUCCCGGUCGUGCGCCAUACUGGCGAACGCCUCGGCCACGAACAGGUCGUCGAUGCUCUCGACGAUGAGACGGUGUCAUACGAGGCGAACAUUGGUCUGAAUGGCUUGGUCCCAGAGACGUUCCGUGUGAGCAUCCGCGUCACGAAGGAUCGCUACGCUACUGCUGUCGCAUGGCUACGGGACCUGAUCUAUGGCGUGGAAUUCGACCGUGAACGUCUCGCCAUCAACAUCGCGCAGAUUCAGAGCGGUCUCCCGAGCCUGAAACGCGAUGGAAACACCGUUCUGUCCAGCGUACUUGCUGGAUUGCUAUUCAACAAGUCGUACACCAGCUCGGCCGUGAGCGUGAUCCCGCAAAGUGACUUCAUCCCGGAGAUCGCAGCGCGACUGAAGGAGAAGCCGGACGAGGUUAUCAAGGAGUUUGAGGAGAUUCGCAAGGCCAUCACCGAUCCGUCUGGCGUACGCUUCUCCGUGGCUGGCAACAUCCUCGACUUGCCAAAACCCCGCAGCGCAUGGACAGAGCACUUCAGCAAGGCUCUCCCUCCUGCGCCGCUCGCGCCGAUGCCUUUCUCCGACCGUACGCUGAGCAAAGUCGGACGCAAGCCUGUCAAGAAGGCGAUUGUCGUUUCACUCCCCACGAUCGAGAGUGCCUUCGUGUCCUAUACCGGGACUGGCAUCCGCGGAUGGCAGCACGAAGACUACCCGGCCUUGCGCGUCGCCAUCGAGGUCCUCGGCGCCACGGAGAGCUUCCUGUGGAGGUAUAUCCGUGGCUCCGGUCUCGCAUAUGGCGCAUAUGCCGGAGUGGACCUUGAGGCUGGGCAUGUAACGUUCUCUCUGUACCGCUCUAGCAACGCGCUCGCUGCAGCAGCUCAAGGCAAGGUUGUUGUGAACGGGCUUGUGGACGGAAGCAUCGCCCUAGAUGAGACGGCACUAGACGCCGCGAAGAGCAGUAUCGUCUUUGGUGUUACACGCUCUGUCGCAAGCCCCGUACGCGCGGCUCUGGCUGCAUUCAGCAACAUGGCGGUGCGCGGCGUCCCUGCACGGCACAGCGUGGAGAUGCUGGAGAAGUACCAGGCGGUGACCCGCGAGGAAGUACUGAAUGUGCUCAAGAAGUACUUCGUACCACUGUUCGACCCGGCAAGUUCGGUCGUUGUCAGCGUUAACGCGCCGGGCAAGGCCGACGAGAUUGAGGAGGGUCUUACGAAGGAGGGUUACUCGGUCGAACGCCGGACGUUGGACGUGGACCCGGAAGAGCUGGAGGGCAGCGAGGAUGAGAGCGGAAGCGAGAGCGGUAGUGAAAGCGAAAGCGAUCGGUAG